CACUGUGAGGCAGCUGCCGGAUCGAUGGCCUUGACGCAGUUCGAGACGCGGAUCGUCUUAUUACAUCACCUUCCUUUGCCACCAUUCCUUUUCACCACAUGUACAUUACCUUAUGACCAACGAAAAACCAUCUGGGUUAUUUAAGGGACAUGUAUAUCUUACUUAUAUUGUAUGUUUAGUGUGUGUUACAUAUGUUUGAGGUGAAAAAUAGAGAGUGGCGAAGUCCGCGUCUCGGACUGCAUAGUGUUUGUGAAGGCCUCGCGCGCUUAAACAAACGUGUGGAAUCUUGGCUCUAUUUGGUGAUAUUCCAUGACCACAGGUGGCUCCCGGAAGGUGAUACGCGCACUGAAAUCCUGGACUACUGUGAGAGAUGGCUAAUAGUCCACCAGACCGGGAUUGACCAGUGGCCACCGAUCUUGAAGCGUUCCCACAGCAAGCAUUAUGGAAGAGUCUCAGGUGGUGGAGAGCAGCAGUGGGUCACCAGCCAUCAGUGUGGUUGUCACAACAAUCCCCACCACCACUUCCCAGACUGUUGAUCCCACCAACUCUGAGGCAGCACGACACCGCCUCUCCAAGAUUAAGCUUGUUGGUGUUGGUGGACUGGAGAGACAAAAUUACUGCUGUGGCCACUGGUUCCCUUCUUCCAAGAGUUACCACCAACACUUAGCAGAGAAAGCUCUCACAGAUGCCAGCCAUGAAGCAAAGCUGCUGGACCUGGGCAUGGUGCGCUGUGCUCAGUGCUCUGUGUGGGUUCACACCGAGAACAUCAUUGCCCAUCUUGCAAAGGGUCACAGUAACAACAAAGAGCCCAAGACACCAAAAAUGGUGCCAAUGGGCACCAUUACUGAAGUGCCAAGGGUCACUGGAGAUUCGAUGUUGAGCGGGACAAACAUCGUGAUCAAAGUGACUGGACAAAGCACCCCAAAGUCAUUCAGCAGCAAUAUCUCCAAGAGCAGUGGUAAUUCACUCUCUAAGUCUGGCACUGUCAAACUUGUCACCACCUCCAAUAGCACACUGUAUCAGAAGGUGCAGAACAUAAAGCAUUCAGACAGUAAUGGAACAGACAAAGUCAUCGUCCGCAAGUCUGUCACCAAUGCAGUGCCGAUGGUUAACGUUGGUCCACGGUUGGUGAUGAAGUCACUUGGGCAAGCAGGAGUUGGACACUUGAGCAGAGGUCACAAAGUGGUCCAGCAAGUUGCCCAGCCUGGCCUGAAUUCAGUCACAGGUGUAAAUGGUGUUACCUUAGCCACAACUUUUAAGACAGCCAAACAAAAUCAGUCUGGUGCACAAGGACUGACUAGUAAGAGUCCCCUCAAGACAAUGGUUCCUCAAACUAACUUCCAAAACAUUGCUGGAAGAAGCUUAAAAUUAGUGAAAAGAAUAACCAACGAAGCUCCUAAAAGUAAAUCUGUGAAGUAUAUAACUUCUGAUUCUCAAAACAAUGUUGACAUACCACAUAGUACAAAAACCAAAGAAAAGAAAGUAUUGAAAGUAUUAUCUAGUGGAGAUGCAUCAUCUAGUAAAAAUCAAGGCAAGAAACGUCGCAAACAAAUUUUAAAACCCAGCACAGGAGAUGUUUCCUACACAGACACUAACACCACCACUCCACCUCCUCCACCACCACCACCAACACAACCACCACACUCAGAAGGAAAACCAAAAAAAAGAGGGAGAAAACCAAAGUUGUCAGUCCCAGAUGAGGGUGGAAGCUGUAAUCCACCUCCCAAUCACAAAGGACACCGGAAGAAAUUCAAAGAAACAUUUGGCUUUGAUUCUUCUACUCCAAAAGUGGCAAAGAGGCCAGGCAAAGGGAUUCGUGGAGGGUGGAAGAAGAAGAAGCGUGGACCAGGGAGACCAAGGAAGAACCAGUUGAGUGACACGCCUGACACCUCUGAAGUGGACUCGCUCUUUGAUGAAGUGGACCGAGAAGAUCUGGAGAAUGAGCCGGUGGUAGUGGCAAAGAAAGAGGAAGAGAAUAUUCCAACAGUUGAACUUGACCUCUUCACUCUUCCCUCCACCAAUGAGCAGGUGUCUGUUCUCCUCACUGAGCCACAAAACCCAAACUUCAAGGUGUACGCCAGUAUGGAUGCCAUCUUUGUGGGAGACUCGGCUCUGGGAGAUGUGACGAACCAGAUUGGCUAUGUGACGGAUGCCAAUAAUGUGGUGUAUGUGAACCCCAGCCACUUCCUCUUCCCCAAUGUGGAGGACCUGGAGAACUUUGUGCCAAGUCCCAUCCUGACCAUGAAGGGGAACAAGGUUGGUCUCACGCCUGUCCGCAAGCCGUGGAGCCUCACCAGCAACAAGGCCUACACUCCCAUUGUCCUCAAGCAGGUUGGUGUCACUGCCUCCAGAGAUACUAAUACCAGUGAUGCCAGUCUAGAGAAAAAUCUUGAAGAGAAAGAAUCUCCAAUUUCUCAUGUUGCCCCUAAGUCCAGAGUGGAGGAGCACGUGCUAAAAGUGAAGACCACUCAGUCGGGCAAUAAGGUGUUAGUGAAGCAGGAGAGGAAGACUACCAAGAAAGUGCAUAAGCUGGCAGAAACAAGCAGCCAACAAGUUGAAGUCCCAGAGGUGAAGGAGCCUCAGAUCGCCAUGGAAAUGAUUUCUCCGUAUACCAAAGCAAGCAAAAAGACGAGUCACAAGAAAAAGAAGAGACGGAAGAGUGGCACUAAAGGGGACAUUGAGGAGGAAACUGAAAAUAACUCCUCUGAUUUUGAUGGAGGUAGUUUGCUAAAUGAAAAACAGCCUGAGAUUAAGCAACCCAAAGACAGCACUGCAGCCACUAUUCAGCAAAUUUUGGACUUGAAGAAUAAAGAACGCAUGGCAGCAAAGAAGUCCUUGAUCCAGAAAUGUGUGGUGAAGUUAGAAGAGUUAAAAUAUCCCUUGAAAUUAGAGAAGCCAACCACUGUGUCAUCUACUGAACUUCCAAGUAAUGGUGAAACAGUGAAAGCUUCAGAGGACAGUACUGCAGAAUUCAUUGACACUUUGUUAACUAACUCAACUGUUGAAGAGAGUUUGUUAAAUAGUGCAACUGCUGAAGACAGUGUGUUCACUGAUGCAUCUGCUGGUGAGAGUCUGUUGACUAAUAUGACUGGAGACGAUAGUGUGUUUGCCAAUACCACUGUUGAAGAGAGUCUGUUAACUAGUACCAGUACUGAGGAGAAUGUGUUCCCUAAUGUGACUGCUGAGGACAGUCUGCUAAAUAGUACCACUGCAGACAAUAGUGUAUUUACUAAUGUGACUACUGAGGAGAGUCACCUACAAGAAGAGAUUCCAAUUAAUUCCCCAGUGUUUAUGCCAAGUGAUGCAGAGGCUAUCAGUGUGAGUAUACCUGAGGAAAACUCAAUGUCAAAUGUGGAAGAACAAAAUACAGAAGAACAAGAUGUAUUAGCUGAAGGGACCUUGGCUGGUGCAAUAGAAAAUGCAUUACCAGAACCUUUGGCUGGUGUAGUAGAAAGUGCAUUACCAGAACCUUUGGCUGAUGUAGUAGAAAAUGCAUUACCAGAACCUUUGGCUGAUGUAGUAGAAAAUGCAUUACCAGAACCUGAAAUUCCAGAAACCUCUGACACUAAUGCUCCAGUAAGUGAAGUUAGUAAAGCAGUGAGUAGAACAAUAGGGGGAGGUCUUCCAAGGAGAAUGAGGAGGAGAAGGUUGAGGACUAAGUCUGCAAACAUAGUGAGUUCAAAGACAGAGACCAUACAGGAAUUCGGAGGUGGUGUUGGUGGUGGUGAUGUUAGCAGUCGUGUGUGUAGUAGAAGAAGAGUUAGGCAUGCAAGUGAGAAUUCAGUUUUGCCCAACAAGGCUGAAGUAAGUGAACAGAGAAGAGUGCCAGUUAAUAACCAAAGUGAUAAGAGUGAAAGUGGACACUCACCAAAAAGAAAACUUGAGAAAGUAAGAAUUAAAGUGGAUACAGAAAGUCCCAAAGACGAAAAAGUGUCAGAACAGUUAACAUGCCCACAGACAGCUCAAAGUGGUUUAGAUCUUUCCUUGAACUUAAGCCAGGAAAAGGUACUGAGUGAUAGCAAUGAGAACAGACUAAGCUUAUCACCACCUGGUGGAGAAAGGAAGCGAGUCAAAAAACACAAGACCAAACAUGAAGAUAAAGAGACUUCAAAAAUGGAAUCACCAAGUGGUGAAGUGUGGAAACCCCUUGACCAAAGUGGUAGCGUUUGUAGUGAGCAAUCCUCCACGGAAUCAGACCGUGAAGAAAAGCCGAUAAGGUCAGUUAGGGAGAGGAGGCCAAGUUUCAAGCUCCUGGAGAGUCUAUCUGUUGCUAGUCAGAGUCCCAAAAGAUCACCACAGAUUAAAGUGGAAGAGCAACUCCAUAGUCCAACUGAAUCUGUUCCCGAUAACCUUGGAAGUAGACAGGCUGCUGAGAACACUGCUCUUUCUCCUUCUCAUGUACCUGAUUCGUCUCCGUCACGCGAGUGGCUGGGGCGAGGUGCCAAGUUGAAGGCGCAAGUUCUCAUACAGGAUCAGCAGGCUGGUGUGAUGGAUUCUCAUAUAUUCCCACCCACUGACAGCCCUCAUCAGACAUCUAGUAAAAACAAUAGCACAGACUGUACAAGCCCCAGGCUGGAGGUGCUGUCACCCUCAAGAAUAUCAUCUCUCAUGCCACCUUCAAAAACUCCAUCACCUACCAGCAGUUCCAAGACCCAGAAGCCACUCAUUGCUGUGCAGAACAGGGAGUGGCAGGCACGAGGGGCAAAACUCAAGGCUCAGGUGAUGAUUAGUGAUCCAGAGAGCAGCUUAGUUCCUUACACCAGUGCUGAAGAACUCACUAAAUCUAUAACUUCACCUCCCAACAAAAAACUGAAACUGGACCUCUCACCAGCAAAUACGAAGGAUAUUCGCUCCUUCUUCAAGUCUGGGAAGUCUGCGGUGUCUCAGGAGAACACAUCAGUAUUGUCACCAGGUAGCCCUGUGUCUCCUCGUUCACCCCAGACCACCAGGACGCCCAAGAGGCAUGCCAAGAAUGCAAGUGACAUUAGAAAAUACUUUAAUGUCACCUCCCCCACAAUCCCAGCUAAGAAAAUAAAGGAAGAGAAUGUAAGAUCAUCACCAAAGAAGUUGGCAUCCCCAACAAGUGUACCUUCAGAAAAUACACUUGCAGGUUCCAAUUACGAAGACGUGAAGCCAUCUGUUGAGGCUUUCCCUAUUUCUGAAUAUACCUUUGAGGGCUUCAAGAGAUUAACCAGACAAUCAGGGCUGCGUUCCAAGGCACUCCUGAGGCUGGUUUCCUUGUUCAACACAAAGAGGUGGCACCGUCUGGACAAGUUCACAUUCCCUGUGGAUCAGCUCUGUGAUUGGAACGAUGAACUUCUUAGUAAUUAUGACUUUGACUAAUGAAAACAGGGACUGGCAGUGUAUGCUCAGAGGUUCUUUUAUACUUUCUGUAUGAGAUUUUUGGCAUUGGUUUGUACUCAAAUGCCUUGGGGCCAUGGCCAAAGUAGGUGUUCUUUUAUUUUUUUUAUUUUCUUGUUAUCGGGGUGGGGUUUAGGUGGCCUUUACAUUAUAGAAGUUAUUCCACAACAUUUCAUGUCCCUGUUUGCACACAUACUACAUAUAUAUACUUUAGACCCUUGCCAAAUGUGAAUUGUUCUCACAUGAAAUCCGUGAUAGUAUGAAUGGAAAAACUAUCCAGAAAUUUGCUCAACAAGGCAUGGUUUUGUGCCAGUAGAUAUAUAUAUAGUAUAUAUAUAU